UUUCUCUCUCUUCCAGUUACCCUCUCUCUCCCCCCUCCUCCUUUCAUCAUCAGUACUUUCUACAAGAGUUUUUCAGUUUCAUCAAUUCCUGAAAAACUUGUUCAAAAAAAGAAGUAUGAUCACAGUCACAACAGCAGCAGCUUUAUCACUGCCCAUAUCUCUUAGUAGAUGCUCUAAACUAAUCAACACCAGAAGGGAUGUUAGAGGAGGAGGGUUUAGAGUGUUUGCUAUAAUUGGUGAAAGUGGGGGAGGGUUUCUAGAGAAGAAACAUGAUUGGAGUACAAUAUUUGAGGUGGAGGAUCCAAGGGCAAGUAGAGUGGUACAGCAGAACAAAGGGAAAGUUUUUGAAGCAAAUGAAGCUUUAGAAGUUGCUAGAUUUGAUAUUCAGUACUGUGAUUGGAGAGCUAGACAAGACCUGCUUACAAUUGUUCUUCUUCAUGAUAAGGUUGUAGAUGUUUUAAAUCCACUAGCACGGGAGUACAAAUCUAUCGGCACCGUUAAGAGAGAGCUUGCAGAAUUACAACAAGAGCUAGCACAAGCACAUAAAGAGGUUCACAUGUCAGAAGUUAGGGUUUCUACAGCAUUAGACAAGCUAGCAUAUAUGGAACAAUUAGUAAAUGACAAACUAUUACCAGACACCAGUACAGUGACAGAAACAGACAAUGAGUGCAUCGCCCUUUCUCCAACUGAGUGCGUCGUCCUUACUCCUAGCACUCCCUCGCCUACCCCAUCAGAGGAAGCCAAGAAAAGUAAAUUAUCUCGGAAGAAACUUAACAUAUCAGGUCCUGUACCAGACUAUCAUCCCCGGUUAAAGAAUUUCUGGUACCCAAUGGCUUUCACUGCAGACCUGAAAGAAGACACCAUGCUUCCCAUAGAUUGCUUCGAGGAGCCAUGGGUGAUAUUCCGUGGGAAAGAUGGAAGUCCUGGUUGUGUUCAGAAUACUUGUGCUCAUAGAGCGUGCCCUCUUCACCUUGGUUCUGUAAAUGAGGGUCGCAUUACAUGCCCUUAUCAUGGAUGGGAAUACUCAACAGACGGAAAAUGUGAGAAAAUGCCAUCAACAAAAUUGCAAAAUGUGAAGAUAAAGUCAUUGCCGUGCUUAGAGCAAGAUGGUAUGAUCUGGAUUUGGCCAGGCGAUGAAACUCCAACAGACAGCAUUCCUUCCCUCCAACCUCCGUCGGGUUUUAGAAUCCACGCAGAGCUUGUCAUGGAACUGCCAGUUGAACAUGGACUACUACUGGAUAACCUUCUAGAUCUUGCUCACGCACCUUUCACUCACACGUCAACCUUCGCAAAGGGAUGGAGUGUGCCAAGCUUUGUGAAAUUUUUGACUCCUGAAACUGGCCUGCAAGGAUACUGGGACCCAUACCCUAUAGACAUGGAGUUCAAACCACCAUGUAUAGUCCUCUCCACAAUUGGAAUCUCAAAGCCAGGAAAACUGGAGGGGCAGAGCACCCGCCAAUGUGCAACUCAUCUUCAUCAGCUUCAUGUUUGCUUGCCUUCUUCGAAAAAUAAGACACGGUUACUGUACAGAAUGUCACUGGAUUUUGCUCCAAUCCUUCAGCACAUCCCAUUGAUGCACCUCCUCUGGAGGUAUUUCGCCAAUAAGGUUCUGAACGAGGAUCUUCGACUAGUACUUGGGCAACAAGAGAGGAUGAUAAAGGGUGCAAACGUAUGGAACUUGCCAGUGACAUAUGACAAACUAGGAGUAAGAUACAGGCUAUGGAGAGAGGCAGUCGAAAAAGGAGUUAAACAAUUACCUUUCAACAGUAAUUCCAUGUAGAGACUGCUUUGUAAAAUUUGUUGAUCAUUCAGAAGAAAAUCUCUCCUUGAUAAAACCGAUCAAAAUAACUACACUAACGACGAUUCCCCAUGAUAGUGUUGUUGAUAGCUGGUUCAAGUCUAUCUCCAGAAUCAUGGUGAUAGGCAACAAUCAUUUAGGAGAGAUGACGCACCCUUGUAAAAUAAACGAAAAAAGUGUACAGAGCUGAGCCGCAUUUGUUUCUUCUAGUUUUUUCUUUUGGUUAUACAAGCUAUUGCUAUUGUAUAUUAGAGCCCUAAACUCUUGUGUCUUUUUUGUUGGUGACAACCAUCUCAAAAUCAAACAUUCAAUCAGAUUUUCGAUAAAAUUGUUGUA